AUUCGUUCUUUCCAUUACUCUAAAAAUUCCCCUCUUUUCUUUCAACUGCCGCUCCGCGUCCAACUCGCGUUUUAGUAGAGACUAAUCAAACUCCAAAAAAGUAGAUACUCUAUAUAAUAUUUUAGAUACUAUAUAUAAUUACAUCCCACGCUUAUAACACACAGCAUGAAAAUUCAAUCUUCACAAAAAUAUUGAGAUUAAAGUAAUUUUUAGGCUAGGAAUCAGAUUGAAAUUUAGGCUGUUAUAAUUGAAUUUUGUGAGAAGAAAGAAGGUGUAGUAUAAUUUCGGAUGAAUCAUUCUGACUUUCGUAGUUGGUUUGUAAUGUGAUACUUACACUUGGUGGUCAGUACUCACUACUCAGUGGUCACAUUCGAGAACGAUGUCGUUUUACAUUGGUCGUAAGGCUUCAAAGCUAUGUAAGAGAGUGUGUGCAGAGACUGCAACAGAAAUCAAACUUCUUGCGGAGAACUGGAAGUAUAUUCUUGCCGGUUUGAUAUUUCAGUACAUACAUGGACUUGCUGCUCGAGGGGUUCACUACAUACAUCGGCCUGGACCUAUUCUUCAGGAUGUCGGCUUCUUUCUUGUUCCGGAGCUUGGGCAAGAGAAAGGUUACAUAAGUGAAAGUGUAUUCACCACCAUCUUUCUGUCUUUUGUCUUGUGGACAUUCCAUCCUUUCAUUUUCAAGAUCAAAAAGAUCUAUACAGUUCUGAUAUGGUGCAGGGUCUUGGCUUUCUUAGUUGCUUGUCAGUUCCUUCGGAUCAUAACAUUCUACUCUACACAGCUUCCUGGUCCAAAUUAUCACUGUCGUGAGGGUUCAAAGCUUGCCACACUGCCUCCUCCGAAUAGUGUUUUAGAAGUUUUAUUCAUUAAUUUUCCUAGGGGCGUGCUUUACGGCUGUGGUGAUCUGAUAUUUUCAUCUCAUAUGAUAUUCUCUCUAGUCUUUGUGCGGAGUUAUCAUAAAUACGGGACAAGAAGGAUCAUAAAACUGUGUGCUUGGUUAGCUGUUAUUUCUCAGAGCAUCUUUAUUGUUGCAUCACGCAAACAUUACACUGUGGACGUUGCUGUGGCAUGGUACACUGUUAAUCUAGUAGUGUUCUUCGUUGACAAACAGUUGCCAGAACUGCCUGACCGCACUAAUGCAGUAUUGUUUCUACCACUGAGCAAGAAUAGCAAAACUAAGGAAGAGAAUCACAAACUUCUGAAUGGAAAUUCUGGAGAUCCUGCAGAAUGGAUAUAGAGAAUUGCGUUCUGGAUUGUGUAUAGAUGGGAGCAUAGUCAGGAGGGGCGAAGCUAUGUGUGGCCAAGGGUAGUCAACUGAACAUCCUUCACAAAAAAUUAUACUAUGUAUAGGGUAAAAUAUGUAGUUGUUAUUGAUAAAAAAAAAUAGACUUUGAACACCCUUGCGGAGCCCACUGGUAAAGGAUGUUCAAAUUUUGAACACCCUUAUUGAAUUUUCGCUCUGCCACUAAGCACAGUGCAUGUUGAAACAGUGAUGAGUAGUGUACGGACAAUACAUGGAGGGCAACUAACCGAAGCUGGUAAAGGGCACUUCUGUUUCAAUAUCAUUACAAGGUUGGUUUAGAAAAUGAUGACUGGGGUUCAUGUAAGUCUAGUAGUUUUGGUCUAUAGCGUAGGAAUACAAAAUCAAGGUCAGGUCAAUGCUUUUGAUGUCUCCUUGGUGCCUAUGGUUAAAAAUCAAUGGCAUCAAAUGUAAUAAUGGAAUUCCAUCUUUUUCAGUCAAUAAAUUAUCUUUUACAUUUUGUACUC